AUGGAAAAAAGUAACCAGUACAAUGUCUCUGAAUUCCUCCUCUUCGGUCUUUCUGAAAAGCCAGAGCAGCAACCUCUCUUAUUUGGCAUUUUCCUGGGCAUGUACUUGGUCACCAUGUUGGGGAGUUUACUUAUCAUCCUAGCCAUCAACUUUGACUCACAUCUUCAUACCCCCAUGUACUUUUUCCUGGCCAACCUCUCUUUUGCUGAUACUUGUUUUGCCUCCACCACAGUCCCUAAGAUGCUGGUGAACAUGCAGACACAAAGUCAGACCAUAUCUUAUGGAGAGUGUUUGACUCAGAUGCAUUUUUUCAUGAUGUUUGGGGCACUGGAUGAUUUCCUCUUGGGAGUAAUGGCCUAUGACCGCUAUGUGGCCAUCUGCAAGCCUCUUCACUACUCCACUCUCAUGAGUCCUCUUGUGUGCAUACUUCUUCUUGCAGCAUGCUGGAUUCUCACCAACCUUGCUGCCCUCUUACACACCCUGCUCAUGGCAAGGCUUUCUUUCUGUGCUGGCAACACCAUUCAUCACUUCUUCUGUGAUGUGGCCCCUCUGCUCCAGCUCUCCUGCUCAGACACAAGCACAAACAGGAUAGCCCUGUUCACUGUGGGCUCUAUUAUACUCACCGGUCCUCUCUCCCUGAUCCUUCUGUCAUAUGUACGCAUUAUCUCCACCACUCUCAGGGUCCCAUCUGUUUCAGGCAGGCAAAAGGUCUUCUCCACCUGUGGGUCCCAUCUCACUGUUGUCUUCUUAUUCUAUGGUGCAGCAAUUGGUGUCUAUCUGUGUCCUCCUUCAUCACAGUUAGAGGGUAAGGACAAGGUUGCAGCUGUAUUUUACACAGUGGUGACCCCAAUGCUGAACCCCUUCAUUUACAGCCUCAGGAACAAGAAUAUGAAGACAGCACUGAGAAGGCUUUUUGACCUGACUGCACUUUUCUCUCAGAGACUCUAA